GUGUAGUCAUGCCUGCAGACGCACCCCCCGUCAAAGCGGCCAAGAAGGGCUCCAAGAAAGCCGUCGCUAAGACCGCCAGCAAGACCGGCAAGAAGAGGAGGAAGUCCAGGAAGGAGAGCUACGCCAUCUACGUGUACAAAGUGAUGAAGCAGGUGCACCCCGACACCGGCAUCUCCUCCAAGGCCAUGGGCAUCAUGAACUGCUUCGUGAGCGACAUCUUUGAGCGCAUCGCCGGGGAGGCCUCCCGUCUGGCUCACUACAACAAGCGCUCCACCAUCACCUCCAGGGAGAUCCAGACCGCUGUCCGCCUGCUGCUGCCCGGAGAGCUGGCCAAGCACGCCGUGUCUGAGGGCACCAAGGCCGUGACCAAGUACACCAGCUCCAAGUAAACCCUGAUAGACCGACAACACAACGGCUCUUUUGAGAGCCACCCAACCCAUCCAGAGAGCUCCUCCUG